AUGGUUGUGGAGUUUUCGGGGCAAUUAAGAACCCUGCUUAAAAAAAAUUUUCUUAUAAAAAGGAAGAAUAAGUGUGGUAUUUGUUGUGAAAUAGUGUUCCCAAUUGUAAUAGUACUCAUCAUUUUUGCUUUAUUAGGUUUAAUUAGUGCUGUUAAACCAAAUUAUGAUUCAUAUGAUGUUUCAGAUAUUUUAACAAAUAAAUUAAAUAAUAAUACAAUAUUAUUGUAUGGUGCACCUGAAACAUUAAAUGUUGAACAACAAGGUGUCAUUAAUAUAAUUAAACAACAAGUAGAACAAUCAAGAAAAUUGCAACCAAAUGUAGUAGAUUCAUUCUUUUUAGAAAUAAACGAUCAAACUGCAAUGGAACAAUAUUUUGCAAACCAUUCUAAUAAUAUUUAUGGUGCUUUAUGGUUUAAUAAUAGUCAAAUUGCAAGCCAGACUGUACCAUUUCAGUACAACAUUAGAUUAGAUAGUGAAAAUGUAAACGACAAUAAUGAAACUACAAAUAAAAAUGGAGAUUCUGAAAUUUACCUAAAAGAGAAUUUUGCUUCAAUUCAGGUUGCAGUAGAUCAAGCUAUUUUCGAAUAUUAUGGCAUUAAUAAAACAUUGAUAGUUUCAGGUCAACGUUAUCCAGACCCAUAUACUAAAACAUGGCAAAAAUGGAUUGAUGGUAGAAAUGGUAUACUUAAAGACGCAGGUGCCGUUUUUGUAACUGCCGCAUUCUUUAUAUUCGGGUUCCGUCUUGUCACUGAUCUUGUUAUUGAAAAAGAGACUAAAAUUCGUGAAGGUAUGAAGAUGAUGGGUUUAAAUGAUCUCGCUUACUUUUUUAGUUGGAUCAUUACAAUUUUAUCAACCUCGUUACCAGUGGACCUUAUUAUUGUUAUAAUUUUCAAAGGCUCACAAGUUAUUUACUCAACAUCAUGGGGGUUGGUUAUUGCUACAUUCGUACUUUAUCUUUUAACUCUUUUGUUCUUGGCUUUUAUCUUUGCAAUUUUCUUUGACAAAUCAAAGUUCUGUGGUCUCAUCUCGAUCAUAAUUAUUUUAAUAAUCAAUAUAGCUGGUGUCUUUAUUGCUAAAGGUGACUUUGAUCCAAAAAUUAAACUGUUUCUUUCAAUUUUUUCACCUAUUGCAUUUUCUUGUUCCUUCUAUACCAUGGUAGUCAGAGAUAUUCCUGAAGAAGUCCUUUCAGUUAACUUUAAUAACUUAGUAACAGAGCAACAAGCCAUUUAUAUGCUAAUUUUAGAUCUUGUUAUUUAUUUAUUUUUAAUAUGGUAUUUACAAGAGGUUGUUCCAACAGAAUAUGGAACUAAAAAGCCAUUUUAUUUUAUAUUUUCUCCAAAAUAUUGGUGUAGUAUCGCCUCAAAUAGCAAUAUUUUUGAUAUUGAAUCAACUUAUCCAAAUGAUGAUGUCGAAUUAAUUCCAAAUGAUAUUAAAAGCAAAGUUACAAUUUCAAUUAGAAAUUUAAGAAAAGAAUUUUCUACUGGUGAUGGCUUAAGGGUUGCUGUUAAUGACUUAUAUUUAGAUAUGUAUGAAAAUCAAAUCCAUGCAUUUUUAGGUCCAAAUGGUAGUGGUAAAUCAACAACUAUUGGAAUGUUGACUGGUUUAAUUUCUCCAACAAGUGGUACUGCAUUAGUUCAAGGUAAUGAUAUUGGUUCACAAAUGUCAAAAGUUAGAAGAUCUUUAGGUGUUUGCUUACAACAAGAUAUUAUUUGGAAUCAACUAUCAGUUUUAGAACAUUUAAAAAUAUAUGCAUCAUUGAAAGGUAUAACAAGGAAUGUAGAAAAAGAAGCUGAAAAAAUGGCAAUAGAAGUUGGCCUAGGUGAAAAGAUUCAUACCCCAGCAGGUUCAUUAUCUGGUGGUCAAAAAAGAAAAUUAUGUUUAGGAAUAGCCUUCAUUGGUCGAAGCUCAGUUGUAUUUCUUGAUGAAUGUACUUCAGGUAUGGAUCCAUUAAGUCGUCGUAGUGUUUGGGACUUUUUACUUAAAUAUAAAAAAGGUAGAACUAUUAUUUUAACAACUCACUUUAUGGAUGAAGCUGAUUUCUUGGGUGAUAGAAUUGCAAUUAUUUCUUAUGGUAAAUUACGUUGUGAUGGUUCCAGUCUAUAUUUGAAAAAUAAAUUUGGUUGUGGUUAUUUAUUAACAUGUAGUAAAGAAAUUGAUAAUGUAGAUCAUUUUAGUACUUCAAAAGUUACAGAAUUUGUUCAUCGAUAUAUUCCAGAGGCUAAUAUUUUAUCUGAUGCUGGUACAGAGUUAAGCUACCGUCUUCCAACCUCAUCAUUACCCGUAUUUUCACAAUUUUUCGAAGAUUUUGACGAACAACUAUCUUUGUUUGGUAUAACAACUUAUGGUAUUUCAGUCACAACAAUGGAAGAAGUUUUCUUAAGAAUUGGUCAAGAAUCAAACUCUGGUAAUGCUGGAGAUAUCUAUAAGAAUAUAAAUAGUAACACUAAUAAUGAAGGUGAGGGUAGUCCAUUACUAAAAAAUGGAAUUUCAACACCAUCAAGUGGUAUCAGUGCUGGUCAACAAAUUAAAGGUCUUUUAAUUAAGCGUAUUCUUACCUCAAUUAAAGAUUGGAAGUCUCUCUUUUUAACCAUUAUUAUUCCAUUGGUAUGCAUUAUUUGUUCAAUUAUUAUUUAUACUGUUAUGGAUAGUGCACAAGCCUUUUAUAAUGAUGUUACAACACCAUUAACAAUGUCUUUAGCUUCUUUUGGUUCUAAUAAUGUCGUUCCAAUACAGGAUAUUAGUCUAGAAGAUUUUAAUACUCUCAGUUCAAGUCCUUUCUUUAACCAAUUUAAAUAUGUUAACCAAUCAAUUAUUUUUAAAAACUAUUUAAUCGAAAAUAAUAUAAAUAGUGCUGGUGCAAUAAAUGUUACAACCCAAUUAGCCCAAAAUAAUAGUGUAGUUGGAUACAAUUCAUUUUAUAAUAAGAAAUACCUUCAUUCAAUACCAAUUCAUAUUAAUUUAAUUAAUAGUGCAUUAUUGGAACACUCUACCGGUAUUAAGAUUCAAGUUACGAGUAUGCCAUUCCAGCAUGUUCUUAGUCUGUUUGAUUUAUCUGUUGAAGGUCUUAAUAUUUCAUCAAUUCUUUAUUUCAAUAUGGUAAUGUUGGCUGGGUUAGCUCUUAUGGUGGCUUCUUUUGCUGGCAGCAUUGCUCAAGAGCGUACCAAUCGUGUAAAAAGAUUACUAUACAUCUCAGGUUGCAAAAAAUAUGUUUAUUGGCUAUCUAAUCUCAUUUGGGAUUAUAUAUUUGCUUUUAUUGUAGUACUUGCAACAGCUAUUAUUUUAGCAAUUGUCAAAGAAGAUUUUAAAGAACAAUUUGGUAUCUUUUUCUUGGGCUUAAUUUUAUAUUGUGUGGCCACAAUUCCCCUUGGUUAUCUUUUAUCAUAUCGUUUUACUACCCAUGGUAAAGCAACAGGUGCAAUUGCUGCAAUUCUUUUCUCCAAAGCUAUUGUAUUUAUGAUUGUUUCAUUAAAUAUUCGUAUGCAAGUUUUGGUUAAUUUAAAUGAAGGUGCUCAAACUGCUGCUGAUGUUUGUGAUAUAGUGUUUUCAAUUGUCUCCCCAUUAUAUGCAUAUAGUAGAAUUCUUGCAUUAGUUAGCAAAUUCCCAGGAACCACUCGUUUAGGCUCAUGGAAAAUCGAUAACUAUUGGUCCUUAGGUUAUGGUGCCACCCCAAUUAUAAUUCUCAUUGGCCAUUGUAUUGUUUGGACAACUUGGAUUCUUCUUUUAGAUUAUUCUCCAGAAAUCAAAGGUUACUUUAAGAAUCCUAAAAACUUAAAAUCACCACAACCACCAGAAAAUGAAGACUCUGACGUUAGUAAUGAAAGAUCGAGAAUCCAUACAGUCUCUGAUGAAAUCGUUAAAGUAGACUCACUACACAAAUUAUUCAAAGGUAAAGGAAAGAAUGGUGAUAAAAUUGCUGUCCAUAACACUAGUUUAGGUAUUCCACGUGGCCAAACCUUUGGUUUACUUGGUUUAAAUGGUGCUGGUAAGACCACUACUCUCUCAAUGCUUUGUGGUGAUAUCAUGCCAACCUCUGGCCAAGUUUCGAUAAAUGGUCAUGAUUUAAUAAGCGAUCGUUCAAAAGCUUUACAAAAUAUUUCAAUGUGUCCUCAAUUUGAUGCUCUUGUGGGUUUAUUAUCAGCCCGAGAACAUCUUUACCUCUAUUGUAGAAUUAAAGGUGUUUCAGAAAAUAAUAUUAAAAAUGUUGUCGAAUCAUUCAUUCAUAUGAUGGAUAUGAAUCGUAUUGCAAACAGUAGCUGUGGUGGCUAUUCAGGAGGUAAUAAAAGAAAACUAUCAUUAUCAAUAGCAAUGUUGGGUGAUCCAUCAGUCGUUUUCUUGGAUGAAGCAAGUACUGGUUGCGAUGCUGUUGUACGUCGUUAUAUUUGGAAUGUUGUAAGUGAAUUAAGUAAAGGACGUUCUAUUAUUAUUACAACUCACUCAAUGGAAGAAUGUCAAGCACUUUGCUCAAGAGUAACAAUUAUGAAAGAUGGUAAAUUUACAUGUUUGGGAUCAAUUCAACAUGUAAAGAAUAAAUUUGGCGCAGGUUAUUCAUUUGAUGUCAAAUUCAAGAGAGAACAUUUUGAAAAUGGUGUUGAAACCGUUUUACAUUAUUUCCCAAAUGCUAGUCUUUUAGAUCAACACGAUCUAAUUGCAUCAUUCGAGUUACCAAAUGAAGCUUCAAACCCUGUUAAAGUUUCUAGAAUCUUUAAUACUCUUCAAAACGAUUUAGGAUCAAUUUUAGAUGACUAUUCAGUUUCACAAACCUCUUUAGAACAAGUCUUCUUAAAAUUAACAGGUGCAAGCUAUGAUGAUAGAUUGAAUCAAAAUGCUCAGAAUCAUGAUCAAUUAUAA